GAAUAGGAGAGAAGGAGGACUGACAAUUUAAACAAAACAAGCAGCCAAACAACAAAUGUUGCGCAACCGACUGCUGCCACUGCGAUAUGCCACGAGCAGUGCUCAGCCCCAGCUCCAGCUCCAGCUCCAAUUGGCACAGAUCAGCGCGUGGCAGCGUACAAAGAGCAGCAACGCGGGCAGCACGAAUGCAACGCGCCAGAGCAAGAUUCUGGGCAAGCUGUUUGGCAACCGGGUGGCGGGCACAAAGAAGCGCUGGUAUCCCAGCCAUGAUGCCAGCGGCAGCAGCUCGGGCAGCGGCUAUCAGCCGCCGAGCGUUGUUUUUCAGGCAUCGCAAUUUGGCAAAAGCAAUUCGCCCGGCUCCAAGCACAAUACACGUCGCAUGUCCGUGCUGAACAAGCUGUUUAUGACGCACAUCACCGACCUGUUGGCUACUGGGGAGGCGGCCGAGUCCAUACUGGGCCGUGGCCUGCAGGUGUCGCGCGUGAAGAUCAGCUCGGACUUCUCCUGCAUCAAUGUCUAUUGGCUGGGCACCGGGCAGCUGCACAACGAUGCCCAGCUGGACGCGAAUCUGUCACGUUGCAGCGGCCAGCUGCGCCACGAGCUCUCCCAGCUGCGGCUCAUGGGCGAGGUGCCACGCAUCAAGUUUGUGCGCGACAAAACUGGCAGCAAUAUCAACAGCGUCGAGGGAAUUCUGCGCACGCUUAACCUGAGCCAGCCGGAGAAGGAGACGGAGACGGAGGAGCAGGACGGGCAGCAGCAUUCAACUUAUGAUACGGCACAGACGGCGCGACUAGAAUUUUAUGGCACUGCCGCACCGUCGCCGCAGGUCACAGCAGCCAUGCCCGAAAUGAGGCAUGAUGUGCUCGGCCUGGAUCAUCGCCUAAUCAUGGACAAGAUUCUGACCAAGAUGCGCAAAUCCAAGAGCGCCUGGGAGCAGCAUCAACAGCAGCAACAGUCCGAACAGCCAUCAAGCGCGGAGCCGGAGCUGGCGCGCAUGCAACGCAAAAUGGCCGAGGCAGAGGCCGAGGCCGAGGCAUUGGCCUCCAGCAACCGGAGCCAGUUUGAGGCGUUUCUGGCCAAGAGACGCGGGCGCAAACAAACGCCGGAACGCAAGAAGCAUCAACGGGACCUGGAGGACUGGACGGCAGCGGCGUCCACACCAGACUUCGAUGAGCUGCAGGCGCUCACGCCGGAGCAGCGCAAGCGCUACACCCAGGAGGACUACAUACUGGAGGAUGCCAAGGACUAUCGCAAUUCGUAGUCCUUCGCGUAGUUUCCAUCGAAGCAUAGAAUGUUACUAGAUGUAAGCUAGUUUCGAUGUCCUAACUAUAUAGCUAAUCGUUCAGUUUCAAAUAUAGCCUGUUUAACUUAAUUUAAGCAGCUUCAGCAUGAAUGAAUAUAUAUCAACUAUUUAUAUAGGGAU